GUGGGCGUUGCGGAAUUUUGCAUUAUGCAAAUGAGGGGCGGUGCCCCGCAUGUGGCAGCGAUGACGUGACGUCAGGUCCAGCCUUGCGGAGAGAGAGCGAGCGAGCGAGCGCAACAAACAUGGCGACAGAGCGGAGUGGACAGGGGUGCCUUCUAACUUUCAUCGUGUUCCUCUGGAGCUCUGUCGGCGGGCGAACGGAGACGCCGAACCCUGGCUCGAGCAGUCAGAUCCUGGGCAUGCGGCUGGAGAGGAGCGAGAAGCCGGCAAGCACGACGGAGGACGGGCUCAUCCAGGUAACGGAGGAGAGCAGCUUGUUGCUCCGGUUUUAUGGGGUACACCUGAGCCCGGACGCAGCAUCCCACAUCAGGUUCACGGAGGACGUGGAUACGGGUGACAGUGAUGCAGUAAACAGGACUUGUGAGGAUUUCACCAAAGAUUUCAGCAUCAGCAGUUAUAUGAAUGUGAGCAGCAGAGGCACAUCAGGGUUGGUGAGUGUGUAUAUAAAGGCACUGCGUAAAAGUGAACGAGAAAAGACCUACAGCCUUUGUGUCAGGCAGGGUUUGGGUGAUAAAUGGGUUCUUUUGGGUGAUAAUGAUGGUAGAUUGAUAGUUGUGGAGGAGAAAGCUUCUCUUCUGCCCCUUUGGCUUCAGAUGAUACUGGUGUCAUGUUUGCUGAUGUUGUCAGGCAUGUUCAGUGGUCUCAACCUGGGGCUCAUGGCUUUGGAUCCAAUGGAGCUUCGCAUUGUGCAAAGUUGUGGCACCAAUAAGGAGAAGAAGUAUGCACGUAAAAUCGAACCCAUUCGGAGCAAGGGCAACUAUUUGCUUUGCUCUUUAUUGCUUGGAAAUGUUUUGGUGAACACUACAUUGACAAUCCUACUAGAUGAUUUGAUUGGGUCUGGCUUGGGUGCCGUGGUGGCAUCAACGGUUGGCAUUGUCAUAUUUGGUGAAAUUGUGCCACAAGCUCUUUGCUCUCGCCACGGUUUGGCCGUGGGCGCCAACACCAUUGUAUUAACCAAGUUCUUCAUGAUGCUCACCUUUCCAUUGUCCUUUCCUAUCAGCAAGCUCCUGGACUGUAUCCUUGGGCAGGAGAUUGGCACCGUGUACAACCGUGAGAAGUUGGUGGAGAUGCUGAAAGUCACCGAGCCCUACAACGACCUGGUCAAGGAAGAGAUGAACAUCAUACAAGGUGCUUUAGAACUUAGAACCAAAACGGUUGAGGACGUAAUGACGCCUCUGAGAAACUGCUUCAUGAUUCACAUCGAUGCGGUGCUUGACUUCAACACCAUGACUGAGAUCAUGGAAAGUGGCUACACGAGAAUACCCGUGUACGACGCGGAACGCUCCAACAUCGUAGACAUACUGUAUGUCAAGGACUUAGCCUUCGUUGACCCAGACGACUGCACAACACUCAAAACGGUCACCAAGUUCUACAACCACCCAGUUCAUUUUGUCUUCCAUGACACCAAGUUGGAUGCCAUGCUGGAGGAGUUUAAGAAAGGUAAAUCCCACCUGGCAAUCGUUCAGAAGGUAAAUAAUGAAGGAGAAGGAGAUCCGUUCUAUGAGGUUCUCGGACUGGUCACGCUGGAAGAUGUUAUUGAGGAGAUCAUCAAAUCUGAGAUCCUGGACGAGUCUGAUCUCUAUACUGACAAUCGUAACAGAAAGAAAGUGGAUCCCAACAAGAACAAGAGGGACUUCUCUGCUUUUAAACAUGAGAGGGAAUCCAAGGUGAAGAUCUCCCCUCAGCUAAUGCUAGUUGCACACCGAUUCCUCGCCACAGAGGUGAGUGUCUUCAGUCCACUCCAGAUCUCAGAUAAGGUGCUACUGCGAAUCCUUAAACAUCCAGAUGUCAUUCAGGAUGUAAAGUUCAAUGAGAACGACAAGCGCGCACAACAGCACUACUUGUAUCAGCGUGGAAAACCUGUUGACUAUUUCGUCCUAAUCCUUCAGGGUCGAGUGGAAGUAGAGGCCGGAAAUGAGAAUAUGAAGUUUGAAACGGGCCCUUUUUCUUAUUACGGAGUCAUGGCUCUAACUGCUCCUACCGUGGUGUCGCCUCGUCCGCGGCGCCUUUCGCUUAAGAGGUUUUCUCUGUUCACUCGUUUUCCAGAGUUUCGCUCACCGUCACAUAUGAGCGGUUUGAAUCGCUCGGCGUCUCUGAGCUGCACAGAGAGAGUUGAGUCCAUGUCUAUCAGCGGCAGUAACAGUCAGCUCAAUAACAGCCCGUCUUCACAGUACAUCCCUGAUUUUAAUGUGCGGGCCCUCACUGACCUACAGUAUGUGAAGGUCACUCGCUCACAGUACCAAAAUGGACUUCUGGCAUCUAAGCUUGACAGCACCCCGCAGUCCCCUGAGAGCAGCCAUACGCGACUGGAUCCCGCUCCCCUGCCACCUUCCACUCCACCCAUCACCUCCAUUGGAAACCACACCACAGCACCAGCAGCCUUAAAAGAGAAUGGACCCGAUGAGACCACCUCACUGCUCAACGACAAAAACAGCCUCCCCACACGCCGCCCCAGCCACAACCACCCUCAGAAUCAGUCGCACCUGAACACCAACGUCAACUCUAACUCUAGCCCUAACCCUAACAAUCACCCAAAACCUCAUCAUCCCCACGGUAACAGCAGUCCGACGUCACUCCCCAACCCCCAUAUGCAUCCACCGUAUCCAAACGCUCACGUCCAUACAAUCUCGCACACUCACGCUCACACUGAGAGCACCAUUUGACGAAACUAAUCUGGGGCCCUGUCGCUCGGAGCUCCAGAGUUGACCAAAUGCAAUUGCGCGUACACACACGCACAUCAACGCACAAACACGUAUGAAGUUUAACACGUUCAUGUGCUGGCUGACCCUUUCUCAGUCCUUUUUUUCAAAAAUGUCAGUUCCAGCUAGAAACUACAGUUAAUAUGGUAAAUAAAAAUAAAGAUCGCCUGACAUCUUGAUUCGAGAGGGCGAAGGUUUGCGUUAAAGAACUCCAAAACACUCAACAGGAUGUGUACUGUCCUUCCGGUUCCUCUCGUAAUCGUUUUGCAAAAUGAAUAUGCGUGUUUUAAAGCACCAGUUCAGACAAAAAUGACAAUUCUGUCAUCAUCUACUCACCCUCAUGUCAUUCCGUAUGACUUUCUUUCUUCUGUGGAACACAAAAGGUAAAUUUUUGAGGAAUAUCACGGACACUCUUUUCCAUUUAUUGAAAAUUAAUGAGAACUGGGGCAGUCAAGCUCCAAAAGCACUAUAAAAAUAGCAUAAAAGUAGUUCAUAUGACUUGCCCGCUAUAUUCAAAUUAUUCUAAAGCCAUACAAUAGCUUUGUGUCGAACAUUCAAAAAUUGAGGUGAAAUCUUGCCCUCCGCUGUAGCUCUCAAACCAGAAUUCUGCUAUUAGCUGCAUCACAUCAGGUUUGACAUCAAAAGUCAUUGUUUUUUGCAUGUCUCGUGAUGAAACAUUGAUGUCAAACUUGACUCGAUGAAGCAAAAUUUUAUUUGAGUGCCAGAGGGCAAGAUUUUGAGUGAAUAAUGACUUUUUAUCAUCCAAAGCUAUUUUAAGGCUUCAAAAGACUUGAAUAUUGUGCACAAGACAGAUGGGCUACUUUUUGGUCAUUGGUUUUUUUUGUGAUUUGGGAGCUUGACAACCCUAGACCCAAUGCACUUUUAUUAUAUGGGGGGGGUGGGGGAACGGCCAUAAUACUCUUAACCCUCAUGCACUGUUUAGUCAUUUUUUACUGAAAUCAAUUUUGUUUUUUUAAUACAACUUGCUUGAUUUAUCACAUCAGGUACGAGACUUGGUGAAAUUUUGUCCAUUUGAUAUCUGAACACACACAAAGAAAUUGGAGUUGAUUCAAUCAGACUAAGUGGUAGAAAAGUUACACUUGGACUGUUCCCGGUCAAAAGUGACCGCCAUAGGAAAUGAAUGGGAAAUACUAUAAAUCAGAGAGUUAUUUUUCAUUAUUUAUAUAUAAAAUCUAAAAAACAGCCACAAUGCAGAAAAAAAAACACACACAGACAUGAAGGGGUGAGACUACCAAACAUCAAGAGUGCAAAAUACAUACACACACACACACAAAACUGAACUGGUCAGACUAUAAAACAGAAUUAUUUUUUUGAAAUUUGUAAAAAAAAAAUCUUUAAAUCAGCCACAAUGCAGAACACACCAAAAUGAAUUGUGAGACCAUAACACAUCUGCAAUGCUGAACACACACACACACAUUCAUCUCGUUUCAGAAAGGGAUAAAUUAGGUUAUUACUUGUUAUUCUACUAAUUUCAGGUAUGCAAAAACUGGAGAAAAUUAUAGCCUCAAACAAAAUGCUAAACUUUGACAAAAGUAGUCUUUGAUAAUGUUUAAAUAUAUAUAUCUAAAUGCAGAACUUGUAACAAAAUCUAGAAAUCAUCUUCUCUUCAUCCAGGGAUGAAUAAGUAGCUCUCUGCAGCCAUCUAGUGUUUAUACUUGUAAUUUCAUCUUUUUCUUUUUUUCUUUUUAAUGGACAGCACAGUUUGGUUCUUGAGACUUUAAGCUUUCAAACGGUAUAUAAUUUAAGAGGACUGGUUUUUGAGGUAUUUAAAUUAGUAAAUAAAAAAUAAUAAUAAGGUCUAAAUACCCAAAACCCCACCCAAAAUGCACAACAUUAGUGCUUUUACAUGAUUUAAUUUAGAGUUGUUACAUUUCUUUCAUAGCAAUUAAAAAAAUUACACGUUUAUUGUUUCUGGUCACUUUUGACCGGGAACAACUGUAAUGUGAUUCAGUGAUGAACAGUGCAUAAGGGUUAAGAAAUGUACCUUUUCUGUUCCAUGGAAGAAAAAUGUAAUUUGGAACGACUUGACAGUGAGUAAAUAAUGACAGAUUUGUUUAAGUGUUCAAUUAUUUUUGGUGCUGGACGAGAUCUCACUGUGAUUUUAGGAGCUGCGGGUUCAGCCGGUGGUCAAGUUAUGUUGACUGUGUUUUCAUUCAGACUUGUUUGUCUGCUAUUGCAUGGUAGCCACUUAGACAGGUAUUCAUGUAGACACUCAUCUCUCAAAGCUUUUUGUAAAAUGUGUACUUUGCAUGCGACAAAUAGCAGUGCCCUUUGCAAAACCAGGGGGGGUAAUGGCAUUAUACAACAUUUCAUCAGUAUAAAACACAAUUAUUGUAAGAUAUGUACCUUUUAUAAUGUCUCUGACCAUGAAGACUACGUUUGUAUGCCAUUGUCUUUAGUUUACGGGAUCUUUGGGACAUUAAGAGCACUUUGAGGCUCAAUUCAUAAGCUAUUAUUGCCAUGGGAACUCCAUGGAUUCGGUAACGUUUGUGUGGAACUAACCUUUUAGCACAAACUAUAUUCCUUUCAAAGAGAGAGUUCUGAUCUAGAUUGCCUGCUGUAUGUUGUAGUUCUAUAUGAUUGUAUGAAGGCUUUCUUUUGAAAAUGAAAACAUCAAGCCAAGGUUAUUUUGGUGAAUUUUACUACGUGACAUAGCUUCAUGUGUUGAAAUAGUAGCUCUACGUGACAACCAUGAAGGGGAACUGUUUGUAAAUAUAGUUUGGAGACAGGAAAUUUGCUGAUGCAGAAAUGGUUUGGAGAAAUUUUGAGGUCAGUAUAUACAAAAAAAAUAAAAAAAUAAAAAAUAAAAAAAAGAAUGAAGCAAAAAAGGAUUGAGCAAUGACCACCGCAAAAUACCAAACCACAGACAUUUUAUAUGAAAUACAGUAUAUAAUAUAAAUUAUUUAAAUAUAUAUAUUCGAAAGAUUUAAUGUUUAUUUUUGUCUAAAUAUGUAUAUGUAUUUGAUCUACAUCUACAGUCAACAUUUUGCAUGCUUAGAUUAUAUUUAUUCUCUUUUGACAAUAUUUAGAAUUUUUUCCCCAAGUAAAUCACAUAAAUGAAAUGUCCUGGUCAUAUUUCAUGACAAUUAAGCACAUUUCGAACAUAUUCUCAUUAUGGUAAUUUGUUUGGACAUUUACUUUUGAAAUUGUUUGUAAUUCUCAUUGUCAGUGAUGAUUCCUGUUAUAUUAAUAAUAAUUUUGAGUGCAUUGCAGUUAAAAAAAAUACUGUAAUAAAAUAAUUUAUGCCAAUUUAAAUUUUAACAUUUUUAUAAGGCAGUGCAACAAAUAUUACCAUGGUGAAUAAAUACUUUACAAUUUAAAUAUUACAGUAAUGCACAAAAAAAAAAAAAGAACUAAGAAUUAGGAGGAAAUGUGAUUGUCAUGAAAAUAAAUUCACAAUGCAAUAUAUAUAUAUAUAUUUAUAUUUUUUAUGGUCCUACAAAAAAGCUUAAUUUAAUAUUACUAUUCUAAAAUUAUGUAAAAAUAUAUUUUAUAUUUUUAUUAUAUUUUAUUAUGAUUUAAUUCUUACUUUUGAUUUUGGGGGAAAAUACGACUCGGACUUGUUUUUGACAGGUUUUGUGAGAUUCACCCACUUUUUCUUUGUUCAUCUCAAAGGGUAAGAUGGGUCAGACAUGUUUUGCAAGCUUGGUUCUCUGGUUUGUGUGCAGCUGUGUUGUGAAUAUCUCUGGUGCUCCCGACGAUUCGUUUGAACGACCCGUCUCACGAACGUGAAUUGCUGCUCUUCUGCGCACUCAUGAACACUCACAGGAGAGCAACAAUCGGUGAAUAUUUUCACUAAAUAAUAAAUUAGAUUUAAUUUUUUUUUUUUAUAUAUAAAAUAUAAUAUAAUUUUUUCUUAUUAUAUGCCUUCAGAACAAGGCAUGAGUCACAAGGAAUAAUUUUUUAAACUUCUGAAUUAUACUUUUGCAUCCUUUUGAAGCUUGAAGAGGUGGUCACCAUCCACUGCUGUUGUAUGACAUCAGCGAGCAGAAUUUUUUUUCCAAAUUUCUCCCUUUGUAUACCAAAAAAGAAAGUCAGAUGGGUUAAGUCAACACAAGGGUGUGUAAAUAAAUAAUGACUGAAUUUCCAUUUUAGUGAACAUCCCUUUAAAAAUGAACAGAUCAUAAGUUAAUUAAACUAAAGCCUCAUUCCUUGCACUAGUAUUAAGACUGUGCUGCAACUCGGUGUGAUAGAUUUUCUAUAUCGACUUCCUAUGACAUUUUUGUUUUCCAUUGUGUUCCUCAUGAUGACCUGAUAUUAGAGAAGGUAUUGAAAUCUUAGUCUGAUGUAUUCACACUGUAAGUGCAUGCAUUGAAGGUUCUGUGUUAAAAGUGUUCCUUUAUUUCAGAAGUUGUAUUAAAGGGAUAGUUCACCCAAAAAUUGAUAUUCUCUCAUCACACACACACACCCUCAUGGCAUCCCAGAUGUGUAUGACUUUCUUCUGCAGAAGAUGAAAAGAUUUUUAGAAGAAUAUUUCAGCUCUGUUGGUCCAUUUAUGCAAGUGAAUGGUGACCACAACUUUAAAGCUCCAGCAAGAGCAUAAA